UUUCACCACAGCUGUGAAAUAUUUGUGUUUUUUAGUUCGCCGGCUGUGAGUGCAUUAAUGUUUUAUUUGCCAUAAGUUAUAUUUAUACAAAUAAGUUAAUUUUACUUAAAAAAGUGGUUUCGUUACUCAUAUAACUUCAGCUUAAAGCAAAAUUUUAGACGAUUUUAAAAACAUGUCAUCACCGGCGCCAAAAUCUCCCGAACAAUCGGAUAAAAAUAAAAAAUAUGAUCGUCAGAUACGUUUAUGGGGUGAACAUGGCCAGUCCUUGUUGGAGAGUGCCAAAAUAUGCCUAGUUAAUGCCACUGGUUUGGGCUGUGAAGUGCUUAAAGGUUUAGUACUGCCUGGUAUAGGCAGCUUUACUAUUGUUGAUGGCAAUGUGGUAACCGAAGAAGAUUUGGGUAUAAACUUUUUUGUGGAAGCCAGCAAUGUGGGUCAAUCGCGUGCUGCCUCCUGUAUGCAGUUGUUACAGGAAUUAAAUAGCGAUGUUAAUGGUGAUUGUGUAGAGGAGAGUGUGGACUAUAUAUUAGCCAAUCGUCCUGCCUUUUUUGAUAAUUUUGAUGUGGUUAUUGCCUCAAAUUUAAAUGAAAAUUCUCUUUUACAAUUAUCCAAUUGUUUAUGGGAAGCUAAUGUUCCCUUAGUCUACUGUCGUUCAUUGGGAUUUUUUGGUUCAAUUAGAUUGCAAAUUAAGGAGCAUUGUGUAGUAGAGUCUCAUCCAGACAAUGCACAAUACGAUUUAAGAUUGGAACAGCCUUUUGACACGCUACGCAAACAUUUAGAGUCUACCACCAUAACGAAUAAGGUACCAUGGCUAUUGGUCUUAAACAAAUAUUACAAACAAUGGCAAUUGGAAAAUAAUGGUAGAAAUCCCUCAAAUUAUAAAGAAAAAUCUCAAAUACGAGAAAUGAUUAGAAAAGAUAUGAACAACGAUGAGGAAAACUACGAAGAAGCUAUAAAAGCUGUUAAUACCGCCUUUACGGGAGGCUCUAUACCCUCUAAUCUUAAAAUCAUAUUUGAAGAUGAAGCCUGUCGUAAUCUUAACAAGCAAAGCAAACCUUUUUGGAUUAUGGCCAAGGCCUUAAAAGAAUUUAUAGAAAAAGAUAAUAAUGGUAUUUUACCUCUGUCGGGUGUCCUACCCGAUAUGACCUCCGAUACUGAGUCAUAUAUAAAUCUUCAAAAUAUCUAUCGCCAACAAGCCAUGCAAGAUGCCGAUAAUGUUUAUCGCAAAUGCCAGGCUAUACUCAAGGAAUUGGGUUUACCUUUGGAUUCUAUAUCGGAGAAAACAGUACGUUUGUUUUGUAAAGAGUCGUCGGGUUUAACAGUUAUACGAGGUUCGAAAAUUUCCGAUGAAUAUGAGAAAAAUAAUCGUGUUCUAAGCGUUAUAGAUGAUAUUGAUGUACAGGGUACUCUAACCGAGCAUUAUAUAGCUUUGAGAGCUUAUGAACGUUUUCUAACCGAAUGUGGUAAUAUUCCCGGGGAUUGUUAUGUGGAAAAUGAUACUGCACGCUUUAAGAGUGUUGCCUGUAAAAUGUUGGCUGAAUGGGGUGUUACACAGGCCACUUUAUCGGAUGAUAUGGUUCAUGAAGUUUGUCAUUAUGGUGGUGGUGAAGUUCAUACUAUUUCGGCAUUUAUAGCUGGCUGUGCUGCCCAGGAGGUGGUGAAAAUCCUAACAAAUCAAUUUAAACCCGUGGAUAAUACUUUUAUAUAUAACGGCAUAACAUCAGAAACAAUUACCUUAAAGUUAUAAAAAUGUUUAAUUGUAAAUGAAAUUUAUUUCUCUGUGUAUUUGGUUUAAUUUUAGUAAAAUUACAAAUUUUGAAUAUUAACC